AUGUCGUACGAUUACGAUGCACUCUGUCGAGAGUUUGCACAGCACCGAAAGGCCUCAAUGGUGACGGAGAACGUGAUAGAGCGCUCGGGCCAUUUGCAAAAGGCAGUCCAGGCCUUGGAAACUCUUUCAUCUUGCUGUCCCAUGACACCUGCGCUUUGGAUACAAUAUGCCAGCACUGCUGCGGAAUGGAUUUCACAAGCGUUGUUACGACAGGAGGAUUCGUGUGACGCAGAUUCGAGAAUCAAUAAAGAAUCUCUCCAAACGCGUUUACAGACUCUGGAAUUGGGCUUACAAGAAUUUCCCGGAUACGUUUUGUUGCAUUUACAUUAUAUAGAGCUCUUGAUGCACAAAAACGCAUGUACUGAUGCGCCCAAGAUCGAAUCGGCGCUGCGGACGGCGAUUGCACAAGUAGGAGGGGGUUCUCACCGGAACGAGGGUAGCUGGGUCGUGCAGCUCUACAAUCAUCUUGCGACCUUCUUGGUCAAGCAAAAUCGAGUGAAAGAGGCGUUGCAGUGUUUUGUACAACGCGCCCGAAUUCCCAUGAAAGAUGUGAACGAUGAGAUUGCCAGUGACUACAGAGGAUUUUGCGAGAACCACGGCCUUACUCCUUCUACCAAGCACUUGGAACAAAUGGAGCAGGGCCGGCGACUAGAAGCCAAACUUUUUAAUCGGUAUAUAACGCUGGAGGACGAAAUUGAUGCAGUCAUGCAUAGCCAGGGGAUUCUUCCGAGGUAUGAUGUUGGUGUAGACAAACUCGACUGGAAGAUUAUGCUUCACACGGAUCGCUACGGAAUGGGAUUGGGAGGGGCAGACGUGGCAACCGCAUUUGUCAAAUAUGCUCUCGAGUGUUCAAAUAUCUUCAAAAGCGCCGCUCGGCAAGUAGACGAGGACGACCAGGACCUAGAAAUAGAAGAAAUGCGUCGCCAUAUUUCUGGCCUGGCCUCGGCAGUAUUUGAGCGCGGUGUGGCCGAAUGUCCGACCGUCGACUCUUUGUGGCUUUCCUAUAUUCGCUUCUUGACGGAACAAGACAACGGAGAUUCUCUGUCCCUGCUACCAAGCGUUUCUCAACGGGCCGUACGCAAUUGUCCAUACAGCCAGGCUUUGGCUUGUCAACAAAUGGACAACGUAUUACUCUUGGCUGACAAGGGUCUUAUUGUUUUUGAUCCCGAUGCACUAAUGGAACAGGUGCAGACAGCACUAGACACAAAAUUUCUUCCAAAUCCAGUACAGUUUUUGGAGCUCUACCUUUGUGUUAUUCGUAUCGUCAAGCGGCGCAUGCUAAGUAUCUUGUCUGGUGUGGCUGUAACUGAACAAAGUGGCAAGGCGGUACUACGGUAUGACGAGGCGGAGCCUAUCCUAAAGUCAAGCAAUGCGAGAUCUCCAAAACGUGACGGAAAGAUAGACGGGGUGCUACAAGAAGUCCAGGACUUAUGCGAGGACUUGACAGACAUGUACGAACAUAUCGAACAAAAAAUGAGGAAAGUUCUGGGAAAAUGGUCAGAAGGCCGAUCACUCUUGUGGUUGGAGCGAGCAUAUACGGAAAAAUAUUUCUUGAACCCGCUGCGUCGCAUUUUUGAAGGCUCUGGUGAUUCCUCCAGAUCUACAGAAGACCUAGAAAUGCUGCUAUUGUGCGAGAAGCCAGUUCGGUCUCAUAGUCCGCCCCAUCCUGACUUGUACUUGCGCUACAUCGAACAAUACUUGUUGAGCUAUCCUGUUGUGAACGCGACUGAUGUCCUUCAUCGUUUGAGACGUACUCGUUGGCUGUACCAAAAGGCCAUUGUGGGGGUCGGAAGGAGCAAGGAAUCAAAGCCCGUUCCUUCCUUGGUGAUACCAGAUUUCGAUAGCGCGUUCGCACAUUUAAGUCAUCACUGGCUAGAGUUUGAACAGAUGUUCGGGUCUCGAAGUUCGGUGGCUGAAGCGCACAAGGCAAUUGCACGAAAGAUGCACAAACUUGGUGAGAACGUUUCACAUCCUUCAUCGGACCCCUUGCGAGAAAGGAGGAGUGAUGCUCCAUCUUCUAUGAAUGUGCAUAUGGUGCAAGGUCCCGAUCGAAAACGAAAAGUACAUAUUGAUUCUGAUGAUUUUGAAGGGAAAAGAAUUCGUACAAAAACAGAUUGGGUAGAUCGAGACAUUACGACUGAUGAUGACCGCUAUGUCGAUCCGGGGCAAUCAAAAAAUGCUAAAAAGCCAAACCAGGAUUUUAAAUAUCAUCCUUUUUCUGUCCGUGUAUCUGGAUUAAGUGAGAAAACAGACGAUAUGGAUCUGGUGGAUGUUUUCCGACCUAAGUGUGGUGAAGUAGUUCAUGCGAGAAUCAUCCGAGAGAAGGAAAUUCGUCACAGCUUGAAGGGAAAAUCAAAAGGAUGGGGAUUGAUACAGUUUGAAGAUAGAGAAUCGACCGAGAAAGCCCUGGCAUUGGACGGUAUUAUCGGUAUACACGAAAAACUUGUUGUGAUUGAGCGAUCUUACAUGCCUGCGGUAAUGAUUGUGCCGCCCGGAAUGCACAGAGUUCAACCCAAGGGGGAGGGAAAGAGCUCAAAAAUAAACGAAAGGCGCAAGGAACGAGAGCAAAAAACGACGCGAUCCACAAAGUCAGGAUCUGGCCCUGUAUUAGGCCCCUUAUCGGAAGAUUCCUUCAAUCCUCUGCAAUUUCGACCCCGCGGCAUUCAGGCAAAACCACGGUCGAAAGUCACUAUCACUUCGACUUGGGUAAAGCCUCUGCCACAGUGGCGUUAUUUCCGACACACCACUGUCGCCAGAAUAUUCUUUGAAGUGGAUACUACCAUUACAUUGAACUUUUAAACAAGCUUAUCUGCAAAGUCUUUGCAAUAGUC